AUGCCUCGACCUGCAACGUGCCCAGGGAAUGUGAACAAACAUCCUGGACAGAUAGUUCUUGAAGCGAGUUGCGUAGCAUGCCCAAAGGAUGUAAUUGCAGCUGAAAAGAAAAAGGCAUCAGCAGAGAAAUUAGCCAAGGCAACCGCCUUGGAAAAUGCUCAAAAGAAGGUUGCUGCAACGGAAGAUGCUAUGGCUGUCGAGCAGAUGGCUCAACGUGCUGGCCCAGGACACUUUGUCAGACCAAAGCCUAAGCCGCGCCCAGUGACCAAGACAGCGCCAACUGCAAACCCUGAAAAGACGCCUGUUGAGGCGAAAACGGUGUCCCAAAGCACUGAUGCCUCGAAGAAGAAAUAUCCAGGCUUGAAACUCACCUUCAAGGAUGGUAUCAACGCCAGUCGAAAGGUGUCCAUGACGAGCUUUCCAAGAGAAACAGAUUUUGACUCUGAUGAUCACUCGACAAUUUCAUCUUUAGCAGGUUUUGAACCCACGCAGACAGAUUUGGAUUCUGUCGUAUUUAACUGCUUGGCUAAGAACAAUUCAAAAUAUGUUUCAAUCAAAGCCUACAGGUUGGCAAUCAGUCCUAGUUCGGGAGUUAUCAAAGUCAAAAUCUGA